AUGAAUAAACCACUAUCGCUGGCGGAACAACAAAAAAUUGUUGCAGAGGCCGAAUACGCUCAACGAUUUUUACUUUCGUACUACUUUGCAUGGAAUACUGGGCGUAAAGAAUUACUCCAUCGAUUAUAUUCUCAAACUUCAAAGCUUCUUUGGAACGGCCUCGUUUAUCAAGGCGCAGAUAUUAUUAACUUAUUCGACAAGAUUUAUCAGCAAAUGUGCUUUACCUCUUUUGAUUAUCAAGUAAUUGACGAUACACACAUGUUACUGACUUCAUUUGGUAUGCUCGCUCUAGAUAAUGAUCCAACCACUGCAAGAAUGUUCUCUCAUCAAUUUGUCAUUGAGGCAAGCAAAGCCAAUCCACAACAGCAACAAGUGACAACGAUCAUUCUCUCUGAAAAUUUUCGGUGGGUCGUUAAAGUCGACUCUGAAUUAUUCAAACAAGAAUUUGGUAAAUACGAAAAUACUCAAAAUAAUACAAUGGGAAACAUUGUGUAA